AUGGUGGUCACGCAGCCUCAGCCGGUGAUGGUGGCGCAGGGUUCCACGUGGGGAUCUGAGAUCUGUGACUGCUGUGACGACGUCCCUGAGUGCUGCUUCGCUUUCUGGUGCUUCCCCUGCUUCGCCUGCAUCACCUCCAAGAAGUACGGGGAGUGUCUGUGCCUGCCGCUGCUGGAGUACUUCAGCGGCUGCAUCCCGGCCAUCACCAUGUCCAUGAGGGCGUCCAUGCGCCAGCGCUACGGCAUCCAGGGAACCUUGUGUAACGACUGUGUCUGCGCGUCCUUCUGCACGCCCUGCGUCUGGUGUCAGAUGUCCCGAGAGAUGAAGAGGAGAGACAUCCAGAUAGUGAUGGUCGGAGCCAAAUACAACUGACCAGUGAACUCCCCUCACGCGUCAUCGGCAGCUAAUGAAACACACCCACACUUUGAUCAGAGCAGCAGAUGAAAUGAAUAACAGGAUUCAUUUCGUAGAGAUUACACUGUGUGUAUAUUUAGCUCUGUGUAAUAUUAGAUGCAGUGACACUUAGUGAAAGAUGUCUGUAGCUUUAUGUUUCAUUAAUUUUUUUCAGAUAUAAAAAAAUGAAAAUGCACAAUACUAAAAAAUACUUUUGAUUUCACAAAUCGUGUCAGUCAUUAGAAAAUUGAAUAAGAAACUUAUUAAAUAAGUAAUAGAAUCAUUUUUGAUUAAAAUAAAUCUAACAAAUGAGAUACAGCUGUAAAACCUAUUUUCAGGCUGCCGCAUAUUUCAUGUUACCGCCUGGAAUACUGAUUGAAAUCAUUGGGAAACGAGCUGCAAUGCGUCUCUCAUCCAGCAGGCGUCGCUGUGUCUGCUGCAAAGCUUCAGGUUUAAUCCAUCGCUUGAAGCCUUGAGUGUUUUUAGGUAAAGCUCAAUGACGUCAUUGACUGAUCAAGCUGGACCUUUACUCAUUGCAUCAUAAAAUAAAUUAUAAACAUGAUAUAAAAAUUAAA